AGACGAGGCGGCCGAAAGUGCCCUGGAUAUCAAAGUCGCUUAAAAUUCGUCAAUGAAAGUGUCAAACCUCGAGGCCAGGCACGUCGCAGGAAAUCCCUGUCUUCGACAGGAGCGGUGUGGGAAUUGUCCUCCAUGUCCAUCUAUGGAGAGACACUUCCUCAUCACAUCUCGUUUCCUGCCGAACAUAAUGCGGUUCAAAAGGGUAUUGUCGCUUCGUUUGUGCAAGAUCUCUUUCCACUCGGCCAAUUAACUGCGCAACAUUCUUUUAUCGGAAGCUGGCUCUGGCAUGUCCCGGAGGUUUUACACGAGAAUUAUGCCAUGGAUAUAGCCGUAGAGUCAUUGGCAUUAGCUUACUUUGCGAAGAAGGCCGGUUCUACAGAGAUGCUUAUCCGGAGCCACAACGCAUACGCAAAUGCUCUUGUGAGUCUGUCAGGCGCUCUCCAGGACCACCGUUUGCGAUUGACAUCUGAAACGCUGUGUGCUACCCUUCUUCUCGUACAUUUUGAAGCGAGAGAAUCUCAUUGCAAAUCGUGGAUCACAUAUGCCGGCGGCGCCGGACGCCUUAUCCAACUUCGUGGCCCUGAUCGCCAUCGCUCUGGUUUUGACUCCACCAUGUUGAUGGCUUCCCGAGGAUAUUUGGUUUGUCUUCCU